AUGGAUGAAAGUGAUGUUCUUAACUCCUUGGAAGUCGAGACUAUGCUUCCAGUUCAAAGAGUGGCACGAAAAAAACACUUGGCUGGAGAAUCUUCACAUGAUGAACUACCUGAAGAUGAAAUGCAAUGUUUUCGAGCUAGUGUGUUCAGACCAAUUCUGGACCAAAUCAUACAAAGCAUGACAGAGAGAUUUUCAGAAAAUAAGCAAUUGGUCAUGGAUUCCCACUACUUGGAUCCUUGCACAUUUCAAAAAAUUAGGACAGAUCCCAAAGUACUAGAUGGAGGGGCACUAGAGAGAAUUUCUAAGUUAGCUAAAGUAAAUGAAUGUUCUCUCAAAACUGAAUUAAUAAGUUUUGCCAACUUAUUUUUAAGUCUUACAGGAUGUCUUUCUGAAGAUGAGACACAGAAAGUGGAAAUAAUUCUUGAUGAUGAUGAGGAGGAGGAGAUUAAUGACUGGAUUCCACCUACUGACAAACUAGUUGAGGUACAAAAGGAAUCAAAGUGCGGUUCUUGCAAGCAGUGCUUUCUUUGCUGUCACAGGUUGUUGUUAAAAUACAACCUUUAUUCUGCAGCUUAUGAAAAUCUUUCGAUCACCUAUGAGUACCUGUUGACCCUUUCUUUUACACAAGUGUCAUGUGAGAGAGCAUUCAGCAAGCUAAAACUCAUCAAGACCCGACUGCGAGCCACAAUGGGACAAGAACUGCUUGAUGCUCUAAUGCUCAUGUCAAUGGCGAGAGAUCUUCUGGAACAUGUCCAGUUUCCAGAUGUAUUGGAAAUUAUUCGUCAAAGUUCUUCCUUGAUGAGGUUUUUGCUAACCGUUUGA